AUGGUUCAUCCAACAUUCGAAUCAUUUCGUUUAACACUUUGGAUCGAUCCUGAACCAACUCAAUCUUUUCCAGCUGGUGUCGAUCUAGCUGAUGCGGCUUCCGGAAUUCGUCUUAACCUGGCUGCACUCGAUCCAAGUUCAAUUGGGAUUGGUGAUUUAUUAGAAAUCGUACCAUUAUUAAAUCCUGUGGCUUCAACUGCUGAACAUUCUUUUGCUACUCCUGAUCGAUGGGAUAAUGAACCGGGUUUUCUAUUUAUUGUUCGACAUCAUACUUUGGUCCGUCAACAAGGAUUACAGAUUUCGAUACCUAUAGGCAUCGCAAAGGCUUUUGAUCUUGAAAAAUACAACAGAAAUGAAGUUUUGAUCAGAAAGGUCCCAAGCCCUACUCCUUCGGCAUAUUGUGCGGAUCAUGUUGAAUUGGUCUUUCGAGAUCAAUACAUUGGCAGAGGAGAGAUGUGGAGAAUGACGAUGAUGUUGAAUGAAAGCGUAGCAUGGGUUGGUCGAGAUGUGAGCUUAGCAAUGAAAAUCAAAACCAAAGUGGCAAGAGUGUAUGUUAAAGGAAACAGGGUUUUGGCUGGUUAUAUCACCCCGUUCACGAAGAUUAUUUUUCGAUCGGAAAGUGCUAAAUAUUAUCUUUACAUACAGAUGAGUUCAGAGAUGUGGACCUUUGAGGAAGAUGGAUCUCUGUACCAUGAAAAGGCUAUACUCUUUCUUGAAGAUCUGUUCAGUCGAUGGAAUAAGAUUGGUUGUAAUCAUCUCGUCACGAUUGUCCUUUUUGCCAGGGUGUUUUAUGAUGAAAAAGACGUUGAUCAGAUCCCAGAACCAGUGCUUAUAGGCGAUGAUGGGAGGGCUUACAAGGAUUUUUACAAGGCAUUUGUACAUUCACAAAAGGUUCUAGACCAUGUACGGGAAGAUAUCUCAAAAUUCCAACAACGUACUCUUACUUAUACCGACUCGGCAGGAGCGACUAGGCUAGCCGGUCAGAUCUCAUAUGCACCUGAAGGGAAUAUUCUCGAAGCGAUGAGCACAGCUUGUAACUCUUUCGAUGAACAUUAUAUCGACCGCGAUUUACAUCGUACGGGGGUCUCGAUUGUGUUUGUGACGGCUGGAACAUGUGUCUAUCACGCCAAUCAGAUGCUUCUGAGGCUAGCCACUGAACGUUUUGUUGCCCAUGGAUUGGGGGUCGAUUAUGUCAGUCUGUCGAAGAUCCCACUCCAUGUGGUCCCACUCUUCCGGUUUUCAGCUCUCGACUUGGAUCACUAUCAAUCGCCAAGACGGUCCGGACAAGAUCUCAAUACAUCACAUCGAUUACUCGAUCCAUCGAUGAAUCCAAUAUAUCUGGAUGCGCCUACUCCCCAAGCGAAAAAAACUACGUAUUAUGUGGUUCCAUUUUUUGUAGAUUGUUCCUUUUUCUCUCGUCAUCAGGAUCGUCCUUUCAGAAUCGAUCGCUUCAUGCCACGCUGUCGAAUGCCUCAAAUUCAGAAUGGGAUUGGUGAGCAUGAUAUGAGUGGAAUAUCUAUACCCUAUCUACAUGAAGCUAUGCCUCCUGGGGCUACAGAUGAUGAUGCGCAAAGAAGGAAGAAAGCAAGACAGAUCUUCGAUGCUGGUGUUGUAGAAGCUUCACCAGGUCCUUUAUUAUCUCGUCGUGCGAAAAAAGAAGCUGCUCAACUUUCAAGCACGCGUGCGGUGAUCGAUCACUUGGUACUGACACCGAUCGAACCCAAGCGUAGGAUCGCAAGUUCUAAGCAUGAAGAAAUCAAUCGGUCUCCAUUGCUCAAGGCCACCAUUCCUGAUGGCUCAAGAGAUUUUUCUCAAUUAGCUAAUCAACCUUCAGCAGGAUUGUCGACCAUGCCGAUCUCAGGCUCUCGUAGUCGUGCCACAUCAGCAUCAACCACUGAAUCGAAUCAAGCCACAACGGGUGCGCCCGCUUUAUUGGCGCGUUUAGCCGGUUUGGCACAACCGUCUCGAACUCUCUGGCCUUGGUCUAGUGUCACUGGCUCUUCGUCUACAAAACCGAGCAGGAAUGUAUCGACCGCCUCGACGGCUCGACAAUCAAGUCCUCCUGAAAGUGUUUAUCUAAAUCCAACUGAUGAUGGGAGCUCACAACGGACGGGAUCGCGUGCUUCUUCUGUGACCCGAGGUUUCCGAGAGCUUCGAUCGGAUACCAUACGUUCUGGGCAAUCAGAUUCCAUUCGUCCGGCAACAAAUUUGAUGCCUUUGAUGAACACUCCUAAGCGGAUCACCUCUGCCUCGACAAUCGGACGUGAUUCUAGAACAGUAGAGUCAUCAUUACGAUCCCCAGAAAUCAAGAAAACUAGCUUACCACGACAACGGAAGAAGUUUAACCCGUCUAAUCCCAAUGGUUCCUCAUCUGGCUUACUUUCACAAUAUCGAUGUUGGAGUGCAAUCUUUCCACGACCGCCGAAUGAUCAACGGUCACUGAAAUGGAAGUCGCUUACUACACCUGGAUGUCUACCCAUCACCACUGAUUUUUCUCCUAGUCAAGAAGAACUAAACACAUCAUAUGCUCUUACUGAAUAUGAAUAUUUGAUUGCCGAAUCAUCAGUCUUGGUCAAAACACCAGAUCCAUCUCUGACACCUCAGGAAGCCAGUAAAGUUCGUGCGGCUUCUACUCUACGAGAAGCGAUCUCUCAACGACUUAGUCAAGGUUUUCAACUUGUGAUACCUGAAUUACCACUUCAUGUGACCGAACUGGCUCCUACCCUUCGUCCUCGUUGGCUUUCGAUGGAAGGUAUUCUUCAUGAGGCUGAAAAGGGACAGGGUGCUUAUGUGGAUGUUUCACUCAGUGAUCAUUAUCAUCGAGUUAGUAUCAAACGCCUUGAAACUGGCUCUCCUACUUUGCUUGUGCAGAUCUAUGUUAGAAAACGUGCUUGGUUGGCCGAAGCUUAUUUGUAUCGACCUGCGGUUUGGUGGUCGACUGAAUGGCCCGGUUGGCAUGAAUUUGAUCUGAAGUUUGAAUUUCCAGAUCUAGAUAGUUUUGAUUUUAAAGCGCUUGAUGGGAUCAUCGUUGGAAAUGAUUAUGGUCUUCCAUUAUCAGAAUCACUUAGAUACUGGCGUACUAGGAUUGUUUUCUUACCUGAUAGUGUUUCACCAUUAGGGUCAAAAGCUCAAAACAAUGCAGAUGCGACGAUAGAUGAGACUAGAGUGGCAGGAAUGAUGAAGAUGCAAAUGCAUUUACGAAACCUUACAUGGUUACCGAUCUCAGAUUUACCGAAAGACGGAUUAGCUUUAGAUUUUUCAAGUUCAGAUGCUUCUAUACAUGUUAGACAAGAAGCUGAACGGUUCAGAGCUUUUACGUCGGCUUAUCGAGGUCAAAGAGAGAAAUUAGGAAGAGUGUUGAGUUUGAGAGAUCCAUUGAAUGUGAUUGUAGAAGCGAUGAUGAACACAGCACAUGGAGUAGAUGUGAAACCUCAAUCGAUUCAAUUCACUCAAUUAAGAAUGGUCGACAAUGUUUUUAUGGGAGACAAGUUUGUGACGUUUUUAAAACAUCACUUCAAUUUUUCAACCCGAGAAGAAGCUUUAAAGUUUGGACGACAAUUAGAACUUCGAGGAUUGUUUAAAGAUGCUUAUCAUCAUCCACCCAAAGCUUUGAUAGACGGACCUCGAUAUUAUCAAUUGAACACAGAUCUUUGUCCACCUAAGCCUUCGAGAACUUGGUUUGGUAGAGCAUCUACUUCGACGGUGGCUACUUCGAAUAGUGUGACACCUACUUCAUCUACUUUGACGGUAGAAAAAGUGACGGAUAAACUUAAUGCGAGUAAUUUGAGUUCUCGACCUAGUUCAUCUGCAGCUACUGUUUCUAAUGUUGGAGUAAGUGAAGUGAAGAGUAGAAGAUCAAGUUCAGUAAGUAGAUCUAGAGCCGAAAGACCUCAGAUCACGAUGACUCGAUCGGGUAUCAUAGAUUUAGAUCCGACCGGACGAAGUGAACGAAGUGAAAAAGUGAUUCUUCAUUGUGAUUUAAGUCAUUCAACUUUAAAUGCAUGGCAUCUUGAAAUCCAAUGGUUAGGGAUCAGUUCGAAUUAUGUUGAGAAUCUAAUUCAACAAUGGACUCGAAUCAUUGAACGGUAUUCGAUUAAAGUCAUUGAAGAAUCUGUUAGAAGUCUUGAAUCGGUUUUGGAAUUCAGUCCGUUUCAAAACCGUAUGGAACUUAGGCUUUCUUUUAAACCUAAUCUUGAACUUUUGAAUGGAUGUUUUAAACGAUUUGAACCUCUACCGACGGUUUGGCGGGUUUCUAAAUUUGAUUAUUUUGAAGGACAGUUGCUGAGAAGUUUAGGAUUUGUUUUAGAUGUGAGUUUUGAUGAAACCAAUUGGAUUAGGGAGAAAGAUUGGAUUUUUGAUCAAGGUUUAUGGGAUUGA